AUGGCUCGUUUCAAAUCUUACGCUUCCAUCAGGUUCUGCGAGUCGCCAACCAGCGACCUGGAAAUCCGAACGCCCAAGGGACGUGGGAAACGAGGAAGAGGAAGUAAUUGCACCCCGGUAAAUGAAGUAAUAUCUGCACCCGAGACAAGGUCGUCCACGCAAAAUAAAUUGCGGAGUGGGAAAGGGCGCCGUGGAGGAGCGUCGACGUUUGCCAUGCCCCCUUCCCCGGCUAAGCAAGAUGGUGCUGCUGGGGUAAAACGAAAAGGUCGCGGGAAUGACGGCAAUGGGUGCAGUGGUGUGAAUGGCACGACGAUUGGUGUUGCCGGUGGCGAGUCUCCGAGUGGGAAACGGAGUCGGUCGACGAGUUGCCGUUCCACCCCGACUCCCGUCGGUGGCGGCAACAACAGUGGAAGCAGCAAUGGUGCCGGAUCAGGAGCCGGGGGCGGCACGACAGCGACGAUUGAGCCGCCAGGGUCGCCGGUGCUUAUCGAGUGUCCCGAACCAAAUUGCGGCAAGAAAUACAAGCAUAUUAAUGGGCUGAAGUACCACCAGAGUCACGCACACGCAGAUUCUAGGCGAUCAUCAUCGCCCUCGUCGACAAUCGGCAGUUGCGAGGCGGUCAAGCUUGAGACCGCUGCCGGAUCAGUAUCCGACAACGAGACAGAGAUGGAAGAGAGUGUGGAUGGUGCCGUCGACAUCAAAACAGAACCGGGUGAAGUAUCAAGUGCGCCUUCGUCUGAAUCUGUGAUGCUCAUCACCCCAAAGCAGGAGAACGUCGAUGACACGGAAAGUGCGGAGCAAAGUACUUCCAAAUCCGGUGGGCCAAGAUUUGUGGAGGCGGACGCGAGUGCAGCACCGCAGGCCACGUCGAGCUCAAUCUCAGCAGUUCCAUCGACCGUGUCGUCUCAUGCUGCUAAAGCGAGCGAUGCGGGAGAUGAGCCAGUUUACCAGCGCUCAGGACCAAAGCCUGCCGUUCGCGUACCGGCCGCAAACGGGGACAAACUUCGGCCUCUGACGAAUACGAAGCCCAUUAUGCCUAUACCAUCGCAGCAAACCGUGACCUUGUCGAGUGGGGUGUCUGCCAAUAAGCCUAAUGGACCCCUAGGAUUGGCGAACAUGUCUCCUCUCUUACCGGCCCAGUCGCGACCGUCUCUGAUCGCUGAAAGUAAUCCCGUCGUUUCCGCGGAAUUGGACAAUUUGCGACGCGAGCGCAUCAAGAAUCGGAAGCGCAACAAGGACGGCAAGAUGGCUGGGUCUAGACCACCCAGUGCUGCUUCCAGUCCCCCUAGCGCUGGCGAAGCUGGAAAAGUUGGAUCACCAGCUGUCGUCGUGCAGGUUUCCACGAGUUCCGUAAUGGUUCCGACGACGAAUUCCGUGACCACUUCUGCUUUGCUGGGUCCGAUACCUAGCCUGAGCCCGUGUCUACCGCCUACGAACGUUGAUGAACCCUCAUCGCGUGAGGAAGUGCAGAGUCCGGCGUACUCGGACAUAUCGGAUCCGAAUGACAGUGGCGCGAACGAUUCUCAUUGUGAUGUGCAGGGAGUUGGCGCCAAAACGGCGUCGAAUUGUGCCGAGGCACCGAAAUCUCCUUUGACUGAUGCGUCACCGCCGCCUCCGUCACUGCAGCCCGGUUACCCAAAUUUUCCGUUUUACGGGGCACAACUUCCGUUCCCCGUUUCACCCGUUCCUUCGUUACACCGACCGAUGGGCGGGAGUCCUGGGCGCACGAAAGGACCGGAGUCGUCCCCAUCUAUGCCGUCACCCGCACGUAAAGACGAUGUCCCUCCGACGGCGAAAGAUGAGCAACGAACGCGGGAUGGCAAAGCACCAGGUGGGGACAAAAUGAUGCCACAGGUCUACCCGUAUGGAUUCAACUACCAUCAGUACGGGGCUGUGGAUCCGAACUUCUUACGUCUUGGGUCAGAUCCGGCGUAUAAGCAGUUCGUCCAAGACCAGGAGAGAGCUGCGUCGGAUUCCGAAAAGAGUUCCUCGCAGAUGAAACGUGGGCCGAUCUUGUUGAGCGGGAUGGAAAAGGCUGGACAAGGGCCGACGGAUUUGAGCAAGUCUGUGGGAAACCUGGGCCUACCCUCGGGAACGAACGUGACCGUGAAAGAUGUGAAAACAGGUGGAGAAGGAGCCGUGAAAGAGGCGAAAUCGAUCCCUAUGUCGGAUGACAAGGGGCAUCGUCAGUUUCUUGGUGCAAGUCGAGCUUCCGGCGGCGGUGGUGUUGGUGCGGGGGACGAGAAGCGCGACCUGUACGUGGCUGUCAGCCGGCACGGAGGUGGCAGUGUCUCUGCUCCUAAAUCAGGCUCGUCAUCUAGUCCGAAAUCCCUGCCGCCUGGAAAGUCGGAAGGAGGAAAGGAAGUGAAAAAGGAUGGCGAUAAGAAGGGUUGUGGUGUGGAAGGCGUGAAGCCGACGAUGGAGACGCACGGACCGCCGCCACCAACGGCCACAGGUGCCCCGUCCUACGCUUAUCUGCACCACAGCUACUUGGGGUCGCCGCCGUACCGACCCCCCGGCGUGCCGGGGUUUAUCGACCCGAACGCAUCGAUGUUCCCGCGAAUUGCCCCUAGUAUGAUGUGGCACGGUUCGCCGUUCGCCGCAUACACGCCGCCCGGCAUGCCUCGAUUCCACGAGCCGGGGGCUGCUGGACCCGACGCUCAGGACUUGAGUGGCAAGUCCAUCAAAGGACUGGACCUUCUGCGCCACAACGUGAGCAUCUAUCCGUCGGGUCCUCCGGUGACGAUGGCGGCAGCAGUGGCGGCCCACAAGAUCCACGAGCUGCAAGACGCGGCCAACAAAGGUGCAGGGGCUACGGGCACCGCCGGAAAGCCGCCUUCGUCGGAGAGCGGCGGUGGGGAAAUGUCGCUUGCCAUGCCGCAGCCCAGUUCACCAGCCAUCGGGAUCGCCGAGGGCAGUGUGACGAGUUCCGUCAGCGCCAGUUCCUCGGCGAGUCGCUCUCCACCGGCCCAGCAUCACGUCCACACGCAUCAUCAUACGCACGUGGGACUCGGCUUCCCGCUUCCUGUGGCCCCCCAGUUCACGGGGCCCUAUCCUGGAGCUGCUGUGCUGGGAACGCCUCAACCAGCUGUGUUCCCUCCUGCUGCAUACGGCGCUUCUCCGAAUCAAUGAGUUGACCCGGAUGGAUAUCGUGUUCGUUAAUUUAUUUUGCCUGCGUUGUUAUUGUGUUUUUCUCGGUCAGCUGUUAGUACGAACGGAGCACUUGGUUCGAGAUGCGUUGAAUAGCCGAUGGCGUUGUUUUGUCACCGGACGAACAGCGUCGGAUCAUGCUGUUCCUUUGAGCUGUGAAAAAAUUCCAUGACUUGUCCGUUCUGCCGCUUUCGUUGUCGCUGGCUGUCGGUUUUGUAGGAUUCGUGCGACAGAUUAUUCAGUAGUGGCGGAAACCAGCCUACUUCAGGAGAUCGUAAUCGGGCAUUGACAUCUUUUUUUUUUUCGUUUCCAUCUGGGGUUUUGUGGUGUUGAGCGGAGAAGCUAGAGAAAGGGGGGGGGGGGGGGUAUUUUGGCACUCGCAUCGAGUAGCGUCUUGGUGAACAUCCGCAACGAGGACACCCGAGUAUUUGCGAUGCUUUGCGCGAGUUGCUUUUAGCCUUGUUCGUGGUUUGCACACAGCGUCGAUUUUUGUUUGGCUUUCAUUGUUCGUGCCGUUGCUUCCAUGUGAAUUCCUGCGGACGUUUCGUGAUUUCCCCCUCUUUUGUGCCCUGUUGAUGCAAAUAUUUUUAUAGCUGGCGGAAUUUUGUUGUCGGAAAUGAAUCGGCAAAUGGUAUCCAGUUGAUACGUUUGUUUUUGCAUGUGUCAUCUGGAUGCAACUUGCGAGAAUUUGCUUCACAGUUCCUUCUGUGUGAUGCGUGUCGGAGAGAGAGAGAGUGCGUGUCUGAUCUACCCGAUUCCCUGAGCGGGGUAGUUUUUGAAUUUACGCUUAAUGAGGGAGUUUUUGCUUCUAGUUUCGGGUCUUGGAAGUCCCUCGUUCAAAUUUACCUCGUCCUGCAUUUGUGUAUCUUUGUGAACGAUUUUCGAGCGCGGGGAGCGAAAUGAAAUUUCGGGAACUGGAUCAUGUGUUCCCGUACGAUGCUCUUAAAUUACCGCCAUCGUGGUUGCGUUACGGAUGGCUUCUCUUCUCACUCGUUUGGUACCAUUUUCAUUGUUUUCUUUUUUGAUUGAGGAAACGCGUUUCGCUCCACAGAUCAGCUGCAGUUACGAGGCUUUUGUUGGUUGUUCCUUUCCUUUUUUUUUACGAAGAGCAGACAUUUUCGGCGUUGUGAUCCAAGAGUACCCUUGCCCAGACCGAAGUAUGGUCCUUGGUUGAAAGCGGUCCACAUAUCAGGAGGUCAAAUGGUUGUCGUCAUUGCCUGCCCACGCACGCAUCUGGUCAUUCCGUGGAGUAUGGGCCCGAUUUUUGCCUCGUCAUUUGCUUGGAACGCUUCCCCGUUACCCAUACGCGCUUUUGUCGAUUUUUCUUUUUAAUGUUUCCCCCGUCUGUUCGUUCAUCUCGAACGGGGUACUUACGUGAUCGUUGGGUAUUUCUUGAGAAGAAAAGGAAGAAAUCGCAUGGAAAGCAGCGAAUGGGGUGGGGGGCAGUUGUGGCGUUCAGUUCUUCGCUAAAGCGGGGCGAGAAGCGCUUGUUGGGGAAGAGACUGGCGGAGUGCGUCGUUUUAUGGGAAGGGCGCGAGAUUCCCUUCGGCAUGAUUUUCUUGUUCCUCUCGUUUGCGCUUAGUGAUAAGGUGUACUACUG